AUGUCGGCCCCAUUCCCCAAUCUUUACACGCAUAGAAAGGUGGCCGAAAGCGCAGCCAAAACUUGUGACGUUUGCUACAAGCCAAGCACUUCUGUUCUUAUUACGCCAGACAAGAAGAUUGACGAAGCCGCACUCAAGGCCAAGCGCGAGAAGGAAAUAGCUGAGGAGACCGAGAAGCUAAAGAAGGAAUACGAGGAACGUCAACGCAAAAAGAAAGAAAAGGAGUCAAAAGAUAAAGACAAAAAAGACAACAAGGAAAAGGACAAGGACACUGAUAAGAAGGAUAGCAAAGACGAGGAAAAGGUGGCUGAUCAGUCGGCUCAAAACUCCAAGGACGAUGGAUCCGGCAUACCAAACGAAGAGCCUCGUGUCUUUGAACUCAAGAGGUUUGAACUCUGGUUGGCCUCUGUUUCAUGUAUCUAUCGCGCUAACCAUGUCAGUGCAUUCUACCAACAACGGCUUCAAAGAAAACGACAGGUUGAAGCUGCAAAGAGAGAUCGAGAGCGGGUCUCCCAACCUGGAUACUUUCCAUCUGUUCCAUCUGCUCCCCCCGCCAAAUAA